UACUCGGCGUGUGAGUGGGCGUGGCUUAUGUGCCCAGAGGAAGCAGAGAGACAACUGUGCAGCGUUUGCCAUGUCUAAAGACGAAGUCACCACCUUCGAGCAUGCAACGCUAAAGGUCCCUUAUGAGCUACUGAAUAGAAAGUUCAGGUCGGGACAGAAGGCAGUGGACAGGGAAGUGAACCAGGUUAGCCUGGCCUGUGGGGAGACGGGCAGUGUGCUAGGGGAAGCCGAGCUCUCCGUGGAGGACAUGGUAGGCAUGCUGGACUCUGUACACAGUAAAGUAUCGGCCCUGAAGAGAAAGGCGACAGAGUGUCUGGAUGACGAGGCAAAGUGCUCGCAGCUGUGCAGAGCCAGGCUGGACCACCUCAAGUCCUACCCCUCCGGGGAGCAGACAGACGGAAUGAAGACUGCCUGGAGACAAGUCAGAGUGGAUCGCAUGCUAGUCGACCACUUCCUCAGGGCCGGCUACUACACCUCUGCCUACAAACUGAGCGAAAGCUCUGGAAUAACAGAGCUUGUGGAUGUAGAUAUUUUCAUGGUGUGCCAGAGAGUUGAAGAGGCUCUGCGCAGCCACGACACGGGCCCCUGCCUGGCCUGGUGCUACGAGAACCGCUCCAAACUGCGACGUCUGAAGAGCACCCUCGAGUUCCAGUUGCGGCUACAGGAUUUCAUUGAGCUGGUGCGCCUCAACCGCCGGGUUCAGGCCAUCAAGUAUGCACGGAAACACUUCGGCAACAGCAGCGACCAUCUCUUGAAGGACAUCCAACAGGCAAUGGGUCUGCUGGCCUUUGACCACAGCACCCGCAUCAAGCGCUACCAGAAGCUGUUCUCCCUAACGAGGUGGGCGGAGCUGAUUGACCAGUUUCGGCAGGAGAACUUUGCACUCUUCCAGUUGAGUCAGCGCUCUGUCCUGUCAGUCACCCUGCAGGCUGGGCUGUCAGCUCUCAAAACACCUCAGUGUUACAAGGAGGCGGAGCGCAAUCCUCAGUGUCCCGUGUGCUCUAAACCUUUCAAUGCUCUGGCCAAGCCUCUCCCAUAUGCCCAUUGCUCCCAGUCCUACCUCAUCGUGCUCCCUCUCUGGUAAUCCCAUGAAUGAACACAACCCUCCCAUGGCCCUCCCCAAUGGAUACGUGUAUGGAGAGCAGGCUCUGGUUACCAUGGCUGCUGAAAACGAUGGUCGGGUAGUGUGCCCGCGGACAAAAGAGACUUUCAAAAUGACAGACAUCAAGAAAGUAUACGUCAUGUAGCUAACUAUAUUUGAUCAACAGUUGAUUAUGUUAUACCAAAAUGUGUGCGUGCUUG